AAGGGGUAGUGACGAGGAUCACUGGCAAAACAAAUUUCUUCACGCUGCACGAUGCUGCCAUAAUUAUGAACAUAAGUGCUUAGAAGCGCCCGAGGGCUCUCCUCGGACCAGCCACCUAUAAUGUCAGACAACAACCUAGCCGAAAACAUCAUCACCAUCAUUGGUGUUCCACUCGCUGUGCUGGGCGUGCUUCCAAUUUUGUACAAUACGCUCGCUACGCUAGCAGCGCUGUCCAAGAUCAAGCGCAUGCUGAGACAUGGGAAGCUCACAGCUCUGACGCGAAGCGACGUGGUCAAUAGAGUUAUCGAGGUCGAGUUGCCACGGUACGCCGUGCAGCCUUGGGAUCGCUUUUCAUCGGACGAGUAUUGGCAAAUCUCGCGGCAGCCAAGCUCGAUACCAGGUGGAUCCUGGACGACAUUCAACUGGAAGACGAACACCAUCGGCAUCAAAACCCAGCGCGUCGAGUAUGCCGAUCAGCUUCGUCAGCCUCAGGUCGAGGUCGAGUUUCACGCGCUCGUCGCCUAUCUGCUCGAUCUAGGCGCUAUUCCUGAUGCCCAUGGCUGGAAACUUCUCCGCUCUACUGGAUUAUGGACUCCGACGGGCUGUUCGUUGAUGAAGAGCCCUGAUCAGACUCGUGUCGCUUUAUCCAUUGCGCCCUUGGAUGAUGCCGAUGGGCAUAUGUCCUUAAAAGUUGCUUGGGAGCCAUCAUGGACUACACGCGAUGCCUCAACGCUACCACCGUAUUGGAUCCGGCUACCGCCGUCACCACCGCCAAAAGAAGAGCCAGAAGUGAGCUCCUCAAGCUCACAAGAGGUAACUGAAUCCGAAGACACGAAGGACUCAGGCAAGGCUGAAGACGAGGAGCCCGACAAGGCAAAGAGCGUACCUAAGGAGUCACUGGACUCAAUUCAGAAACAAGCCGAAAGGAACGCUAGCAUGCCAAUUACAUGUCAAAUCUCGAUUGACGGGAUUCAAUCAGCGCUCAGCCAGGACCAAGGGCCACCAUUAUCCACAAGGUUCGAUGUGCACAGUCUGCAUAUUGAGCACCUACGUAUCAACAGUCUUAAGAAGAACGGAGCAUGGUUCGCCAGUGCCGCGACAGCCUACGGCACAACGAGUCAGACGGUUCUAUGGAACUACAAGAUCCCUGACGAGAUCAUGGCAUUCGCGCGGCGGGACACGGUGCCGUGCGGCGUGCUCGAAAUCCUCGGCAUCGUGGCGUCAGAGAGCUGUCCACAAUGGGCGACGCAAUACAACGAUAGCAUGAGCGACCACGACAACUUCGUGCGGAGCAUGCAGGAGCAGCGCCUGGCGGUAGCCGCCGAGGCACGUAUGGAUCCCGCGCAGAGACAGCAUGCGGUCAAGCAGAGACAGGAGCGCGAGAUGAUGCAGCGCAUCAACAAUAUGCAAGAUCGAUCGCGCCGCGAAGCCCAGCGUCGCGAGACGAGGCGCCACGAGGCGAUGCAGAGCCCCAAAUGGGACAGCAAGCGCGUGGCUGAGCACAACCUGACUUGGCUCCGGACGCGCAAGGUAGUCGACAGUGAGCUCGCGUUACGCGAGGUUGUCGGUACGAUCCUUCAUCGCAUGGUCCUCGACGGCGAGUUCGCCUCGGACAUCUGCGAGAUGCUGGAGGCGUGGGCGGCGUGGGCUGAUAAUGGGGGUAUGAGGAGCGACGACCUUGAUACUCUACAGGUGAAGUACGAGAAGUUCGCGAUGGCUAGCUUGCUUGUGGCGCUCGUUAAGGAUGCUACGACGGCGCAUGAGGGCACGCUGUCGAUGGACUUGCAGGAAUGCUUGAGGAUGUGGAGGGUUGUGCGACUCGGAUAAGGUAUUUGAGGUCUCGAUGGUUUCCACGGCGUGUUGUAUGUGUAUACGUAUCUCUCAUUCAACUGUAUAUAUAUAAGGGUUCUACGUACGGAUGACUAUAAAUGAUCAUUAACAGCAUUCAGAUUCUCAUAUGACACACAUUUAGAUGAGCUCUACCUUGGGUGGCAGUCAAUCUCUCUUCCAAAACAUACCU